AUGUCCCAGGCUUAUCAUGUCGACAUCAGAUCUCCUUCAGCUUGGAAUAGCUGUCUUGUGGUGGCUAUUGGCUGCUCUGGCUUGCUAUUGCACUACCUUGAUGCUCCACCGCCUGUUCCUGGCCCACUUACUGAUUUCCCUGGUCCAAAACUCGCAGGACUCACCUACUGGUAUGAGUGUUACCAUGAUAUCAUUCGCCCGGGGCAAUAUGUAUUUAAGAUCAAGGAACUGCAUGCCAGAUAUGGUCCCAUCAUCCGAAUGGGGCCAGACGAUAUAUCGAUCUCGGAUCCCGACUUUGUCGAUACAAUCUACGCUCCGGGCCCAGGCCAUAAGCGUGAUAAGAAUGUCCGACAGAUCAAGGCUCUGGGUAUAAACAGUUCUGUUGGAGGCUCCAUUGCUCAUGACCUCCACCGGAAGCGACGAGAAGCCCUCAACUCUUUCUUCUCCCAUCAACGCAUCGGUAGGCUCAACCCGGAGUUGGCAGACAAGAUUAGCCAGAUUGAGACCGUCUUUUCUCGAGCCAAAGAGAGCAGUGAGGUACUGAACCUCUCUGAUAUCUACUACGCGUUUUGCAACGACAUCGUUCACGAAUACUGUUUCGGUAACAGUCCUAACCUUCUCCACGACUUGCAACUUGCCAGUAGCCGCCGCCAAAAUGUUGCCAACGUCCUUGGCCGCAGCAAAUUCAAUCUGCAUUUUGGUUGGGUUCGCGAUAUCAUGCAGAGCCUCCCGCCUAGUAUAGGCACAUCAAUAACACCACCAGGGAUUCGCGAUAUGAUCGCCUUUCGCAGGUCGAUCAGCAUACAGAUUGCUUCCAUCCUAGCUAGCAAGCCAUCUCUAAACGAGGCUCCAUCGAUCUUUACCUACCUUCGCGAUAGCCCACAUCUACCCGUCUCUGAGAAGUCACCUCAUCGUCUUCAGGAUGAGGCUACGCUGCUCAUCAUGGCGGGAACAUAUUCGCCAAUUCUGUCACUGCUCGUGGCACACUAUCACCUCAUCGCACGUCCAGAAAUAAUGGCGAAGCUCCGAUCCGAGCUAGCUAUCCACCCUGCUGCUGUCAAUGCCACACAACUAGAGCAACUGCCUUAUCUGUCCGCCAUCGUCCAAGAGUCCCACCGGCUCACCUUUGGAUUGACCGGACGGAACCCGCGGGUCUACCCUGAUGAGACCAUUGUUUACACUGAUAAAGGUACGACAGAUGCAGGUGGCAGUGGGCCGCGUACCUAUACGAUUCCACCAGGCAUCUCCCUCAGCACGUCCACCUUGCUCUUGCAUACAGACGAGUCUAUAUUCCCGGAUCCGUGGAAAUUCGACCCUGAGCGCUGGAUGAUGACAGAUGAUACGGAGACACUGGGCCGCCGACGUCGAUUCAUGAUGAGUUUCAUGCGUGGGACUCGUGGAUGCAUCGGUAUGCACCUCGCGAAUGCCGAGAUAACCGUCGCCGUGGCUGCUAUGGCUCGCUGGGAUAUGAGCUUGUAUGACACGACGGCGCAAGACGUAGCUUUCUGCCAUGAUUAUCAUGUCAUGUGUCCGAGGCUUGGGUCCAAAGGCGUACAGGUGAAAGUGACAGGCCGCGCGGGAAGGGAUUGA